GUCAUGGCAUCUAGUUCAUAUAGAACCUAACAUCAGCAGGAUUUUUCUUCUCUGGCAUCUUAGCUCUUAUGAGCAAACAAGUGACUUGGCAAAGAUGAACUUUGAAGAGCUCCUGAGGGAAGUCGGAGGCUUUGGGCGAUUCCAGAUCUUAACACUGCUUCUGCUCUGCCUUCCAAGACUCUUGCUCCCCUUGCAUUUCCUGCUGCAUAACUUCCUAGCAGCUACCCCAGGACAUCACUGUGCCAUCCCACAUCAGCAACAAUUUGCCAAUCUUACAAAAGAAGAGGUGCUGAUCAUCAAUAUUCCAAGGGAUUUUAAUGGCGCCUUCAGUUCCUGUGAGAUGUUUUCUGAACCUCAGUUUCAUCUACUGCUUAACUCCUCCCUUGAACUGACCAAUGUAUCUGUCCAGGGAUGCCAGUAUGGAUGGACCUAUGAUCGGUCCCAAUUCAUUUCCACAAUAGCCACUCAGUGGGAUCUGGUCUGUGAGCGUAAAAGCUUGAACCAAGCAACUGCUACUUUCUUCUUCUUCGGGGUGAUGUUUGGUGCUGUGAUCUUUGGAGACUUCUCUGACAGGUUUGGUCGGAAAAGAAUGUUCCUGGUGUCUUACUUGGGCACCCUCAUCUUUGGGGUACUGAGUUCUGCCUCAGUUUCCUAUAGUAUGUUCGCAGUGACACGGACUCUGACAGGAAUGUCUAUCUGUGGACUCUCCAUCAUCGUGAUACCUCUGGGCAUGGAAUGGGUGGAUAUAGAACAUCGCACCAUAUCAGCGGUUAUAACCAGUCUCUUCUGGAGUUUUGGAAAUAUGCUUCUUGCUCUGAUUGCCUAUUUGGUGCGGGAUUGGCACUGGCUGCUUCUCACCACCUCUCUUCCAUGUAUAGUGGGCAUCGUCUCCAUGCGGUGGCUCUCAGAAUCUGCCAGGUGGUUGUUAAUUAAAGGGAAGCUGAAAGAAGCUCACAGGCAUUUAAAAAGAUGUGCCAGGAUGAACAGAAAGAAAGAAUUUGCUGACAAAAUAAAUCCUGAGAGCUUACGCAAGACUGCAGCAAUGAUAAGCCAGAAGUCAGAUGGGAACUAUUCCUACAUCAGUCUUUUCCGAACACCAAUGCUGAGAAGGAUUUCCUUUUGCAUGGCAGCUGUGUGGUUUGGAUCAGCUUUUUGCUAUUAUAUCAUUAGCAUGAACAUCACUGGUUUUGGCCUGGGAAUGUAUAUGACCCAGUUUGUCUUUGGGUUCAUUGAGGUUCCUGCCAAGCUCCUUGUUUUUGUUAUGGUAAAUCGAAUUGGACGAAGGAAAAGCCAAGCCUGGGCCCUCAUCCUAAGUGGGUUAUGUAUGGGAAUCAACAUUAUAGUCCCAACAUCUCAGGGGAUUUUGCGUUCAGUGAUUGCCAUCAUAGGCAAAGGAUUUUCUGAAGCUUCCUUCACUGUACUCUUCUUGUAUUCUUCAGAACUCUAUCCCACCAUUCUUAGACAGAGUGGACAAGGAUACUGCUCCUUCAUAGCCCGUCUAGGGGCAUGUGUGGCUCCACUUGUCUUCCUGUUGGAUAGCAUAUGGAAGCCUCUGCCCCAAACGGCAUCUUUUGCCAUGGCAGUGCUGUGUGGUUCAUCAGCCUUCUUUCUCCCGGAGACCCGAGGCAUCCGCCUGCCAGAAACGAUAGAGGACAUUGAAAAACAAAGCUCGAAAGGGAAGAAAAAUCUGCAUGGAGACACACCUGAAGUCGCACCUCUCCAAUUAUCACAAAAUUGACCUGCUGAAUGGUUAGGUGGGAGGAGAAACUGAUCCACCGCAUGAUACCCAGAAUGGGAAAGGAUUGCUGAAGGUUUCAUUUUCUUCUCAGUUGAUGGAUAAAUGGAGCAAACAAAUACUACAUCAGAACAAUAGUUCAGCUGCCUCUUUCCACUACUGAAUUAUGUGCCAGCAGCAGACCAGUACCGAGAAGUACCAAAAGUCCUGAAGGAUCAACUUGAGCAGGCUAAGAAGGCCUAUAUGUUUUGAGAGAAGUUUUACAUCACAAUAUAUUUUGCUGACUGUAACUGAUAGGAGGUAUUCCUGUAGAAAAAGGAUUAGAGAGUCUUGCUGCCAUUAUUUCUGCAUUCCUGAAAUGUCAGGUUUUUCAACCAUUAACCUAUAGAUCAAAUUAACCCUGAGGCCUACAUGUUACUGUUUCCCUCCUCAUUGUGCUUCCACCUAACAUCCCUUUGAUCUUUGCUAGUCUUUCAUCCUCCUUGUCACCCUGCUUAUAUGCCUGCAGUGUGACUGCCUCUUUUGCUGGCUGAAGGCCAGGUAGAAUAUGAAGUGACUCACAUUCUGGGACUUUUACUGAUGCCAAUGAAAAUUACACUAUUUGUCCAACUCGAUGGAAAAUACGCUGAGAGAUUUUUCUGGUGAAUAAGUAUACUAUAUAUCAGUCUAGAAUGGCCUUGUCGAUUACUCUGUUAAAGCCAACUGCCGACACUUUUUCCUGGAGAUCUGGCUCAGUUUGUCUUCUAAUACUUCUCUUAUCUUCUCCUUUGAAGACUGUUUGCCCUGCAUCUUAUUUCUGUGUGUGUAAAACCUGGACAUUUGAGUUCUUACUAUCUUAAACAGAUAAGCACAACCAUUUGUGAGGUUCAGGCUGUGUGUUUCUGUUGAGCCUACUGGUUUCCACUGAACCUACAGAGCCUAGGCCAGUGAUGGCUAACCUUUUUGCCAUCACGUGCCAGGGGGGAAGUUCGCGUGCAUGCUCACCCCCAUAAUUCUACGCACCCCGCCCUGCGCAUGCGUGCGUGACCCCCCUUCCCCUCCCACUCCUGGAACAUGAUGGCCCGGUAGGCCCCUUUUUCUUUCUCACCUGGCUCCAGAUCCUAUCUAUGCAUCUCGGGAGGGCAAAAACAGCCUUCCCCACCCCCUCCGGAGGCCCAAAACGGCCCGUUUCCCAACUUCUGGUUGCAUAGGAAGUGACUUUUUUGCUGUCCCCAGCCUUCAGAGCCUCUCUAGGUGUCUCUAGGUGUCUCUUUUUGCUGGGGACAGCAAAAAAUGUCACUUCCUAUGACAUUGGGAAAUGGGCGGUUUUGAGCCUCUGGAGGGACUCCGAGGGGGGUAGGGAAGGAUGUUUUUACUCUCCCCAGAUGCAUAGAGAGGAUCUGGAGCCAGAUGAGAAAGAAAAACGGGCCUCCCCCCUCCCAGGCCCACUGGAGGCACGAAAUAGCUUGUUUCCCUACUUCUGGUGGGCCCAGAAGCCCCAAAAAUCAGCUGGAGCUGAGCUGACAAGCCCACUGAUACGGCUAUGCAUGCCACCUGUGGCACGCAUGCCAUAGGUUCACCAUCACGGGCCUAGGCUGUUGUAUGAGAUGCCUCUUCCUGGUUCUUGUUUGAGGAGGCAUCUUGAGAUCAGGCCAUGGCACACACAUACACAACAGAUAAAGCAACAUAUUAUAAUAUGAAAUAUCUUGUAAGAUAAAUGGGAAAGUCCAGAAUGUUAUUUGAGAUACAGGAUGUCUAUAUCUCUUCAAGUGCUCACUAAAAUCCUUUAAUUUGUCUUUCAAAUUAAGGCUCUGCUUCUGUGUCUCCUGAUUGGAGGCCUGAAAGUUAAUUUAUACUGAUUUAUUUCUAUUUAAUUAUAUUAGGGACCUGUGGGAUUUUUAGCACACUGGAGCAUGAAGGUACACCAUAGAGAGUUGCAUUUUAAGAGGCUUUCUAUAACUUGAACCUUUUAAAUUGCGUGUUUUCAUUUUCCAUUCAUAAGAGUAGGCUGGUAACAACUAUUUGCUUACAUUAGGAAUGUUAGACACAACCUACUCACUUACUUAAAAGAGAAAACCAAAUCUUAUACUGAGGAAAUGCUGCAUCACAGGCAGCAUUAUAGCCUUAACUGUACAGUCCUUAAGAAGGAAUCCCACUGCUAUCUUUUAGAGUGCUAAUAAUAAAUCACUUCGGCUGUGAUCUUCAUGUGUACUACCCAGCAGAGGGCAGCAAAAACCUACAUUUGAAUAAAUAGUAAAAGACACCUGA